AGCAUUUGUGAGUUUGCAUAGGUGGCAUUUUAUUGGCGUUUCUUGGCUUAAUUUGACAGAUUUACUUUAGAAUAAAUUGAAAAUGAAACUUCACCUUGAAAAAGGAAAAUAUUUAAUAUGUGUUAUUUGCUUGUUCAUGGCUAUUAAAGGAUUAUAUUUCAUCUUAAGUGAGUAUAGAAACUUUUCUUUAAAACAUGAUAUUCAAAAUAUCCUUCUAAGAAGAGGCGGUGCAGACCCUUUAUACGAUGAACCUUAUGACAGGGAAUCAUUCUAUGUUGAAAGACGAAGAGUCAUAGAUGAAGGUUGUCUAAAAACGAAUAGGACUGUUUCUUCCAGUUUGAAUGGAAGCAAGUAUUCAAUUGUUUCGCAUAAUCGUUUAAUAUUAUGUUGUCCGAUAACAAAAGUUGGAUCAACAUUCUGGAAAAGAAUUCUAGCUGUACUUGAUAGUCAAGGAAAGUAUUCAUCACCUUUCGAAUUGAAUCUAGAUCAAGUUAAAUCAAUAAACGCUUCAAAACUUUCAGCAACAGACUUAAAGCGUGUCGAGGAGAAUGGGACAUCUUUCAUGUUUGUUAGAAAUCCUUACUCGCGCAUAUUUUCAGGUUAUAUAAGCAAGAUUUAUCAUCCAAAUGUAGUGUACUGGAAGCUAGUAGGCAAACAUGUCAUUCGACUCAUUCGUAAAAGUAAUAACGAAGUGUAUACCAGUUAUGGAUUUGACGUCACCUUCCCAGAGUUCAUUAAGUACUUAAUUUAUCUCAAUGAAAAUAACAAAAAUGUCGACAUUCAUUUUAAACCAAUGGUUUCAAUAUGUGACCCCUGCAGCACACACUUUCAAUACAUAGGAAAGAUGGAAACGUUUAAAAAGGACGCCAUUUUUCUUAUAUCAAAAUGGCAGAAAGAGUUUGGAAACGUUAGCGUAGAGUUCGGGGACUUCGAGAAAGACUCUAUUUUAGAUACUGCGAGAGCACGGAUUAAGUUUUUAUUUCAAACGAAGAAAAUUUUAGAUCAAAUAAGGCUCCCCUUUGAAAAACUAAUGUUAAGAACAUGGCGAGACCUUCAAAUAAGAGGAUAUAUAUCUAAGCAUGUUGAAUUUCCAUAUGAACAUUACAAUGUAACCACAAUUACAGAAGAGGACUUUAUUGUGGAGAUUAAAAAAGCUGUGGCGGCUAUACCUGACCGUGAAACGAUCAAGAAACAAAGAGAAGAGGCUCUUGUACAGUCUUAUCGACAGGUCUCAAUAGAAGACAUGGAACGGUUGAGAGUGUUUGUUAGGGAGGACUGUCAGUUGUUCGGUUACGAUGACAAGCCAACACACUUAUUUGAUCGAACAAAACCUCUGCAAGAUGAUUUUUUGUAUCUUGAUGGCUUAGAUACGUGAAAUACAUUUUUCAUAUCUCUUUUUUCAUGUUUUAUAGAACUGCAGAAAGUUAAACUGAUUGAUAAACCAGA